AGGUUAUCGUGUAUGGCGAACACCUUCAGUUGAAUCAGAGAUGCGUGAGGAAUUGUAUGUGCGUUAGUGCUGUGAUCGUUACAAUAUGUUAUAUUUUAUUGCUAGUAUAAUCCUCUUUACAUAAAUUUUAAUCUUGUUUUCCGACAUAGUGCCAAUUCACGUAAUGUCGAAGUGUAAAAUUUCUUCCGCGGAACGUAGAUCCUCACAAAAUCAAAAUGCGGUUUUACUUGGAGUACAUGUUUUCAAGACGUGGACGACGACAGCAGCUCUAAUAGCUGGUCUUCCUAAACAAAAAACACUUUCACCAAGUUAUCUAAUCAUUAGAAUAAAAAAUCGAGCAAACCUUUGUAUCCGGGAAGUGACCUCGAGGACCUGAGCAUAUAUCCGAAUACAUUAAACUCUGCUCACCAAAUACGGGACUACAACGAAUACGUUUUUACGCGCAUUCUUUGAUAUCCUAACAUUAACGAGGAAAUGGAUCGAAUCUACGUUGAUGAAGAAACUGGUGAGAGUAUUAGUCUUCCAGAUUCCGACUGUGAGAUUCGACGACUCGUUAGUUCGAUAAAUAAUGCCGAGACGGGAGAACCGGAGAUCAACAUAGUUGGAAUAGAAACUACUAAAAGUCGAAGAAUACGCUUCCAGAUUCCGAAAGAAGUGAAGGAAACGUUGUCAAUUAAGGAUCGCACCUUAAAAAAAAAUGAGAAUCUAAUGGAUUUAGAGCCAGUUCCUCCUGGAGCAACGUUUGGUCAAGUAAACCCAGUUUGUUUGUUCUUCCUUGCUGUUCUAUGUUUCUGCUGGUUCUUGCCUGUAUUAAUGUUCCUUGAGAUGUCGUUGCACAUUUGGGCUCAUCAUAAAAAUAAAACGUUAAAGGAUGCCAACGUUUAUUUCCGUUCUCCGUUUCACGGAAUAUCAUCUGAAUUUUGCGCGCUAUGCCAAAAUGAAACGUGCAUGAAUCGUGUUGGAAAAAUGCAGCAAAUACGAAUGCACAAGUUUUUGCGACAAUGCAAUUAUAUGAAAAGAGUGGUAACGUGAAAUUUUUGGCUUAGAAUACUGAAGAAUAUAGAACUUAAAAUGAGAAAAAGAAAGCGAAAAACAAAACAUUCCAGCCCGCCUUGACAAGAACAUAUCGUAUUAUAUCUUUAUGUUAAAGAGAUGACAAAUUUAUUUGCGAUUUCUUUUCACUUAGAUUUUAUUGUCGUAAAUUAAUUGAAUUUACUAACAAAAAUACAAAAAAUUAAAUAUAACAACGGUGCAGGAACAAAGUUUUAUAUUGGAGAUAUGUAUAGUAUAUACUGAAACUAAUAAUGUACCCAUACAAAUUUAUAAUUAUUACUGUUACACGUUAAAAUUACAACAAUGAUGGAAGGAAAUAAUUAUCGCAUUACCUUUUCUUUUAAAAAGUAUUUAAAGUUUAUUCUAUAAAUAUAAAAAAAAAUAAGUUACUCUUUUAAGGCACGUUCGAGUAAAUAUUUUGUAUACUAUGAUCUAUAUGAAUUUUGUCAUUUGUUAUGGAAACAAUAAAGUGUUAUAUAAUCUUUAA